AUGGAUGUAGUCAAUGAGAAUUUCUAUCAGUUGUUGCCAGAAAUCAAACAGGCCAUUGCUGAGUGUGAUUUCAUUGCAAUUGAUGGAGAAUUCACCGGUCUUCACAAUGGUACUAUGGUCAGCAUAUUCGAUACGGCAGCUCAGUACUAUCAGAAACUCAGGAGUAAUUGCAUGGACUUUUUGAUGGUUCAAUUUGGUUUGUGUGCUGUCAAAUAUAAUACUGAAAAGAAAAAGUUUACAUACAGGGCGUACAAUUUUUAUACAUUUCCAAAGCCCAUGAGUCGAUAUGCUCCAGAUUGCCGAUUCCUCUGUAUUCCUUUUCUUACUGUGCCUGAUGAACAAGUAUUGCAAAAUGAACUACUUAAUCGAUAUAAGCAAAAUUGUUUACAGGCUCAGACACCAUCAAAAGUCUCUGACUGUAUACUUAUACCAGACAACCAUAAGGCAGAUGUAGAAACUGCUUGUGAAAAAGUAAAAGAACUUUUAGAAAGUGAAACAAUGUCUGAAGUCAUCAUAGCAGAGAAAACCAAUUCUUUUGUCCGUAAACUUAUCCAUCAGGUUAGUUAA